UGGAGAUUUCCGUGUUUUUUUCUUUACUCCCCAGAACGUUGAACUUUGCAGCCAUGCCCGUCAAGGUCGCUCCCGAGGCAUCGGCCAACGACGCCGACAAUGCAUCCCUCACGCAACAACAACAGGACACGGAAGUCGCGGUCUCGGACAGGAUAGAAUACCUUACGGGAAGGGACAACUUGUUCUUGAUCAUGGAAGAUAAAUACCAUAAUAUGAACGUGGCUGGCCUCUACUAUUUCAACAAGAAAAUAUCGAGGGAAGAAAUGCGGUCUCAAAUCGGUCAUUUUGCCGACACAUUCGAGCGAUGCAAGCAAAGAAUUGUCCGUCCUCCCGGCGUAUUCGCCAGGCCUUACUGGGUAAAGCACGACGAGUACGAUUUGGACAAGCAUUUUCUGUCGGUGCAGCUGCCGUCCCCAGGGACCGAAGAGCAGCUAAUGCAAGUAUCUGGCGAGCUAUGCGGUGAACAUAUGGACUUUGGCCUUCCAUUAUGGCGGUGCUAUUGGUUUGAGGGCUUGGAUGGCGGAGAACGAAGUGCUAUUCUGUGGAUCGCACACCAUGCCAUUGCCGACGGACAGGGUUUCGUCCGUACAUUCCUCACCUAUGUUGCAUCACUUGAUCCUACUGUUGAUGCUUCAAAGCUUCAAUACUCUGCUGGUCGGAACAUUGCAAAGCCCAAGACAGUCAGCAAAGUCGUCGAAAGUGAAAAGAAGCCCGCGACCAUCCUUUCCCGUAUUCCCUCUCAGCAGGCCGCCUUCAAAUACGUCCAACGACAAGUGUUCACCUUCAUGUUCUUGCUCUACGGCAUUGCACUCUACCUUGCCAAUAUCCUCAUCUUCCUUGCCAGCCGCCGCAAAUCCUACACAAGAUCGAAAAGAACAAAUAAGAAGCAGACAGCAUGGACCCACUCUGUAAGCCUAGAAGAUGUAAAGAAAGUCAAGAAUCACUUCAACGUCACCGUAAACGAUGUCUUGACCGCCUGCGUCGGAGCAGCCUUGGAUGGCCACCUCAUACGUAACAAUGCUCCCCGCGAUCCCAAUCUCUGGCUUAUGAUUCCGACCUCAAUGCGUGCCGUGACCGAUUUUUCGACCUCUAAUAAAACUAGCGGGUACAUGCUCUCUAUUCCUAAUGGCCCCAGCGUGGAUCUGGUCAAGAGAGUCAAGUCUGUCAGCAAGAACAUGAGGAGUGGGAAAUCGAGUCCGGAAGCUGCUUUCCACUACUUCCCACAAGAGAUUUUCUACCGGUACCCCAAUGCCCUGCCUUCCUUUGCUCUUGGUGCAGCGUACAAACUCCACGGUGUACUAACCAAUGUGCCUGGACCGGCCGUGCCUCUCAAGUGGGGCACCCACAACAUUGAUGCCAUGGUUGCGUUCAUCCCUCAAGCUAUGCCAAACAGCGUCUCCUGCGCUGUAUAUACCUACCAGGGCCAUGUGACAUUGAGUGUCAACAUGGACUUGGAUGAAGAAGAGCCUGGUCUCUUUGGACCAGGUGCUGCGCUUUCCAUUACAAAGGAAUUCGAAACUGCCUUCCAAGAGUAUGUAAAAAUGGUUGAUGCAUCGGAGGCAGCCAAAGUGAAAAAGGACCUGUAGAUGUUAUUUUCUAUUUUGCUUAGAGCGACGGAUUUAAUUGUGGACUAUUAGAUAUUAUUACUUAUGGAUAUCAUUCUAUGUUUAAUUUACGAAAUUGGUUUUUCUGA